CAGUUUCCCAUGGGCUUUUGGUUAAAAGGCAGCUGUGAGCUGUGGCGGUGACGUGGUGGCGCAUCAGCCAUGCAUCACUCAAAAACAGCAGCUCUGCUCUGGCUCACCUCCGCCUUCCUCUUCUUCUCUCUCCUCCAAAUGGCCCGGCGCAACUCCGAUUCCACACGCAGUAAUCACCCCUCCGCCGCUGAUUCCGCGAUUCCGAUCAGCGAUCGGAGGUCGGCAUUGUACGAGAACAUGGCUAGGGAUUUGGAUGAGAAAGGUCCGCUGUUUCUGAAACACGGCCGGACCUCUCAGUCUCUGUCGCUCUCCGAUAUUUUCACGGUGAAAGAUGGAUCUGUGGCUCCGGUGCUUAAGGCAGCAGAUCCACCUGUUCGUGCUAAUGUGUUGUAUCUGAGCACGGACUACUCUCUUCGAAUCUCGGAGGCGCUGAAACCAAUUCUUGAUCCGUACUUUGAUAAAUUGAUCUGGUUUCAGAACUCGAGUUUCUAUCAUUUUAGUAUGUUCCACGCCUCACAUCAUAUUUCACCUGUUCCUGCAACUCAAGAUGAGAUUGAAGCUGAAGCAGCGGCUGUUAGAGCUGCUGUAGAAGGCUUAUGCCCUUUAUAAAUUGUCUUAGACAGAGUGGUUCUAACUUCAACAGGUGUGCUUCUUGGAUGCUGGCAGGUAAUGUCUGGAUCAGAUCCUAUGUCCAUCCGUGCAAAACUAAGGACUGCACUUCCACGUGCACCUGAGAAUCAACUUUAUGAUGUUGCUAUUCUUCAUACAUCAUUUGCAAGGCUUUUGGGCGAGCUGAAGGCAUCAUCUGUGGUGCUUUCUAGUACUUUGGAUCAAAUCCACUUCUUUCGUGAGCUUGUUGAUCGUAUAAACAACAAACUCCAAGGAUUUAAGGCAGUGGUUACUGAGCUCUGGUAUGUGGAGGAAUUCAAUGUUUUGGCUCUAGCAUUGAAUGGAAGAAUGAAGGUGCGCAAGUUCCAACUUGGCUGCUGAAGACAUUGACAGUAUGAAAUUCAAUAGUCAUAUAUCACAAUGCUUAUACAAGAUCUCAAAUGGUAUAGAUGACAUGUAGAUGGUAGCAUUGAUAGAUCAUUCCCCGGCCCUUAGUCUAUGAUCAUGUAUUCCUCCAUUUUGGCCUGCAAACUCGCAUAUAGUACUCAUCUGUACUGGAAAAUAA